AGCUCUGAGUGCUCAGAAGUUAGAAGUUAGUAGUUGUUUAAAGAACACUUUCAGAAUCUCUGACCACUGAAAAACUCUGGAAAGGCAACUGGUGCUGCAGAAUCUGAUGAGAGAGAGACAAAUAGCCAUGCAGAUUGCUUCGACACGGGAAUUUCUCAAAUAUUUUGGGACAUUUUUUGGACUUUCUGCUGUAGUUUUAACAACUGGAGCAAUGAAAAAGAAGAACCCAGCAUUUUUAAUGCCAAUACUUCCAUUAAGCUUUGUUUUUACCUAUAAUUGUGAUAUGGGAUAUGGGACAAUGUUGCAAAGGAUCAAAGAUGUUUUCAUUCCAGCCUUACUGAGAGCAUUCUGCACCCUACAAACUUUCCCUUGCUAUGGUGUUAAGACUGCAGGUUUAGGUGAAGCAGAGAACAUACUUGACACACAGAGUACUUUGUUAGAAUUGCCAAAAGGACCUCUCACUUUUGAAGAUCUGGAGAAAAUCAGAUCUCAGACCAAGUUCUUCAGAGAAAAAUAAGAAGAUGGUAUUAAAGUUGCAUAUCUGAAAUGUGAUUAUAAUAUUGGAUUUGGACACAAAUGAAUAACUAAAAAAAUUGAGAAAAUUAUGAGUUUUAUACAAUGAAAAUUUAAUUCAUUUUUUUAAAAUCAGUACUUUCUAGAACAAUGGUUUUAAUAUUAUAUCAAAAUAUCCAUUAUUGCUGUAAUAUAUUUUUCUUGUUUAUAAUGAAAUAUUGAAUUUCCAUUGUCUGUUCAGAGUCUGAAAAUAACUUUCACCUCUAGCAAAAAUGUCUGGUACUGACCAAACUCAGUAUCAUCAAUAAAGAUACGUUAAUUGGUAGUUAUAAAUUUUUAUAAAUAUGGUCAUAAUUUUCAAAUACAUUUCAAGAUGCACAGCUCAAUUUGAAGUCAGAACAGUCAAUUUCUUUGAAAAAUAUGACAUUUUUUAUUAGCUGUUCUUUAGGCAGUAAACUCACCAUCUUUGCUUCAAAUUCUGGAAUAAACAGCUUUUAUCAGAAGCAGAUUCAUAAGUAAACAUGUCACUUGCUAACUGUGUGUUUUAGGGGAAACUGUGUUAAAAGUACGAGCAGAGACAGUUUCUCAAAAAGAGAAAACAAAUUAUGUAGUUAUUUCCUGAAUCUUUUUCAUGCUUGUUUGACAUUCUGAAACUCAGGAUAAUUUGUUUACAUGAAAUCAGAGUUUCACUACUAAGAUGAAUAUUAACUUAGGCUAACAGCAAGCAAAAUUAUUAAUGUAUGGUUUUGUAAUGAGUCGAUCCAAGUGGCCUUACAACUACUGAAAAACUGCGGGAUUUUUUGCAUGCCUUUACUUUAGCAUAGUAUAUACUAAGAAUAUAAUUUUAGUGUAUUUUAAUGUUCUAAUGUCACACUUGGAAAAAAUACAUCUUCCUGCAUCGCAAAUCUUGUUUAAAAGCAGAUGAUUUUGUGUUUUGGAUGGAAAUUCUUCUUUAGUCUAAUUGUGGAAUGAAAAACAAAUGCUCGAAAAGCAUCCAAUAAUGAAUUAAGCCUAAAUCUGUACUGACACGUCGUUGACUUAAAAAUUAAACUCCAGCUAGAGAUAAUACCCCAAAUGUGAUUUUGAAGACUACUUGACUAAAAUUACAGUAUUUUUAUAAUAAGACAGGUAAAUAUAUAACAAAACGAAAGCUUCUCAAUGUAGAAUUUAAUAGCACAGUUUCUGUGGCUGUGUAAAUUUGAUUUCUGAAAGUGCAUUCACUUCUGCAUUCAGUCACUUCUGUAAUUGGUUCAGUCAUUUGCAUGUUAACAACAUACAAUCUGUAACAGAUUUCAAAUGUGAUAUGUUUUAAUGUGCAGUAGAAUAAAACAGGUUAUAAUG